AUGGCUAGCAUCACUGAAAGUAUUAGAGAAGCGAUUCGAGUACCGCAUAGUGCGGUAAACCGGAUGAACUCCGACCACAUCCGUGGCUGCUUGAUCGGCGAGAGGAGGUCCCGGCCCCUCUACGCAUUGGGGUUCUCGUGUUAUACAGAGAUGUACCUUGGCUUCGAAGCAGCGUGGACGGCGCUCACGAACGCCGAAUACGGGCCGGGCACCAUCGGAGGCCCCCGCCAUAUGGAUGAUCCUGGAUACAGCGCGAGAAUAGCAACACUGUGCACGCUCCUCCGCGUGGAAGGACUCCCUCGAACCGCGAGACUCAAGGCAGACAUCAAACGGCUGCGCUCGGAUCCGGUGACUGCCCGUCUUGUUGCGGACCGGCCGCAUGGCAAAACAUACGAGGACAUCCGCCGUCGUAUCAUGAACGCACCACACAAGCUGCUCGCGUAUGCCUGGGUCCUUUAUUCAGCCCUGUUCAAUGGCGGCCACUUCAUCCGUCGCCAGCUUCUCAAAGCGGGCCCCGGAUUUUGGGGGCUAUCCGACGAUGAGGACAUCACAUCUUUCCCCGAGCCGUUAUCCUUCUGGUCUGUCAGUGAUGACUCUACCUUUCGCGACCAGUUCAAGUCCCGAGCCAAUGAAGCUGGCAGUCUUUUGACGGCCGAGGAAAGACAGGAUGUGGUGGAGGAAUCGGUGUCGAUCCUCUGUCGCUGUAAAGAAAUGACAGAUGAUCUGGUGGAACGCACCGCCGGCUGGCUAGUUUCCGGAUCUGAUGUGGCAGACUGCCGGGAUGUAACCCGUCUUGACACCGCUGAUUCACACACGACUAUUGCCAACCAGGUUUGA